UUACGACUUAAAUUAGUUAGUAUAAAAAAACAGACGCAUCAUUAACAAUAAUCAGUUAACAUUAUUAACUCGUAAUUAUUAUUAAGUCAUAUUGUUAUAAAAUUUUGAAACGUUCAAAAUGCCUGUCCCGUCCUCCGGAAUGUACCAGCAGGGCCCUAGUUGCUUUGAUAAAAUGAAAAUGGGUUUCACGAUAGGUUUUUGUGUCGGUAUGGCCAGUGGGGCUCUAUUCGGAGGAUUUUCCGCAUUGAGGUAUGGAAUGAGAGGACGUGAACUUGUAAAUAAUGUAGGAAAAGUGAUGCUCCAAGGUGGUGGCACAUUUGGUACAUUCAUGGCUAUUGGAACCGGCAUUCGAUGUUAAAACAUUACAACACAAGACUAAAUAUUUCGUAGUUCUCACAGAUAUUAUAUAAAUAUGUACAUUUUAUCAUAAAUAAAUAAGAAGUUAUUAGUUAUUAA